AGCCCUUCAGCCUAACAAGACUAUGCCAACUAUCCAUCAUUCCAUGUUAAUUCCAUUUUUAUUCUCCCCAUAUUUCCAUCAUUUCUCCACAGUUUCUAUCACAAACAUACAUACAGUAUGAGGGAAAUUUAGUGUCCUACAAACUACAUCUUUGAGAUGAGGUAGGAAAUUCGUGUGGUUACAGGAUGAAUGUACAAACUCACAUACAGCAGCCAAGGUCUGCACUGAACUUGGUUACUGGUGUUGGGAGAUACCCUCUCCACUGGCUACAUUACUAUGCCAUCCAUUGUUCCACUGAUUUCUCCUUCUUCAGUUAAUGCUGUUCACGUCAAAUUCUGUGUUUCAAUGAAGAUAUUGCUCUCAACUCAUCCUUGGUGAUUUGAAUCUUCAUUUCUGGUCGUUUUGUUUUUUUUUCUUCUCUUUGCGUCCUUCAAACUCAUGUCUGCUCUGAACCUUUCCCUCCAAUAUAAAUGUUUCUGCUCCAUUUAUAGGGCUACCAUUUAAAACAUAGCCUCACGAGCUUUAUUUGUGAAAUUUGUGAAAAGAACAUUAUAAAUGAAAGUAGUUAUAAAUUCGUUGAUCUGCACGAUAAUGCUAUGAUAAAUCAGAAGAUUUCAGCUGAACCUUUACCAAGAUGAAAUCUACCCGAGACUGAGAGAACACAGACAUUGCUCUUCAAAAGUGACUGUAAGCAGGCAGCUAGUCCCAAGUGAAGUAAACAGGUUCUAGCCGGACAUAAAUCUGAAGAUGUUAUCACAUGCUCUUCUCUCUCCGUCUGCCCGCCCUACGGCCAACCCUCCUUAUACUAAUUGGACAGUGCAUACACUCUUCCUUGGCCCCGUUGGUGCAAUGAUCCCCAAUCUCUAAUUUAUUUUUUAUUUCCAAAUACUCUUGCUGGUUGUUAUUUUUCCGGUUGCUGACAGCAGUUCCGGGAAAUUAACCCCCGCCCCACCACUCAGAACAUAUUGACAACGUUGGAAUUGGGAAGGGGGAUAUAAUUCCUGGUCGACUUCUUUCCCGGCCUCUGCAUUUGUUCCAGGGUCACCAUCUCUGCAACUCCCACCAGCAGCCUUCCGUCUCCAUAACAACGCCAGCUCCAGUUAGGAGCGCUUCCAAGCUGCGUCAACUCUCGCGAGAGUAGGAUGUGUCAGCAAGAUGGCGGCUGUGGGUUGUGAGUCGGGUCGAUGAAUAAGGAGAGACUUGCAUCAGCGCAGACGGAAUUGUGCGAGUGUCGACCGAGCCUGGCGGCCACCCUCUAACGAGUGCCGCUGUUGCUGGCCUGAGAUGAGCCCGGGGGCCGACAACGAGCCGGCUGGGUGACCCCGCUACUUCUCUCCCGAGCUAUCCGCUGCCUUCGAGAGUGAAGAAUGAAUCUUCACCAGGUCCUGACCGGCGCCGUCAACCCCGGUGACAGCUGUUUCUCAGUGGGCAGUAUCGGCGAACAACCGUUCACGGCCUAUGCUUCGGGAUGUGAUAUUGUGAUUUUAGCAAGUGAUUUUGAAAGACUUCAAAUUAUUCCUGGGGCCAAACAUGGAAAUAUUCAAGUUGGAUGUGUUGAUUGUUCCAUGCAAGAGGGAAAGAUUGCUGCAUCAUAUGGAAAUUUAGUUUGCAUUUUUGAGCCCAUUUCCCUUUUAAAUGGGAAAAGCAAGCAUUCUACGUUGAAUUAUCAAUGGCAAAAGAGUGGACAGCUUGUAUUAGAGUCUAUGGUGCAUAAUUUAGCAUGGGAUCCUGAAGGAAUCCGUCUUUUGACGGGCUCCAAUUCGCUACAACUUUGGGCCAAUGGAAAUCAGGAAAUGGACGGAAAUGAGGAGGAGACUACGUAUGAGACAGAUCCGAAUGAAGUUAACAAUUGGCAAUGCAUCUGGAAAUCUGAAACGGCAACACCCAUCCAUCUAUUAAAGGUGUCUCCAGAUGGUGAAUUUUUUGCCACUGCAGGAAAGGAUGAUUGUCUUGUGAAAGUGUGGUAUAAUUCUAGUAGCUGGCAAUCAGCAGUGAUGACACCAGUAACUCCUGCAGAUAAAGGAGAAGAUGAUAUUGAUUUUUCCUUUGUGUAUUUAGCCCAUCCUCGGGCUGUGACAGGAUUUUCUUGGCGGAAGACCAGCAAGUACAUGCCAAGGGGCUCCACCUGUAAUGUCCUGUUGACCUGCUGCAAAGAUAGUGUUUGUCGGUUAUGGGCAGAGACUUUACUUCCUAGUGAUAGUUUGCUUUCUGGUGAAGGCUACACCCAGUGGUCUGAAUCCAUUAUUGCAACCAGCAAUCUCAAAGGGAGUGCCUCCAGUCGGGAGAAGAUGAAUAUUGGACCGUUUCGGAUAGGGAGGCGGAGAUCAUCUGGCCUUGUUGCACAUACUGGGUAUUUACCACACCAACAGGAUGCACAUGAGCUCCAUAGGAAUGCAUCUCUGCAUGCAAAUUCCCUCAGCCAUUUUCACAUAGCAGCCAGUAUUAAUCCAGCUACAGACAUUCCACUCCUGCCUUCUAUCACUUCAUUAAGUUUAAGUGAAAAUGAAGAAACUCACGGACCUUUUGUCGUCCAUUGGUUGAACAACAAGGAGUUGCAUUUUACCUUGUCAAUGGAGGUCUUUCUACAGCAACUGCGACGGAGUUUAGAGCAGCAAUCUCCAGAGUCUGGAGCUGAAGAAUAUGGACAAUUGGAGUGCAAAUCUGAUGAAGACAAAGAUGCUGAGGAAAAGACUUCAUCAGAUGUUAUGAUUGAUCAUAAAGUUGAUGGGCUGUUGGCUGAAUGGAACAAAAAUGCUGACAUGCUCUUCAGUAUUCAUCCAAUAGAUGGCUCCUUGUUGGUAUGGCACGUUGACUGGUUGGAUGAGUAUCAACCUGGGAUGUUUCGACAGGUGCAGGUUUCAUUUGCAUCUCGGAUUCCUGUUGCAUUUCCUACUGGUGAUGCAAACUCUCUCAGCAAGAGCAUAGUUAUGUAUGCCUGCACAAAGAAUGUAGAUUUGGCUAUUCAACAAGGCAAACAGAAGCCACAUGGUCUGACUCAUUCCUCAUCUGGCAUGUUAAUUUCUGCUGGCCAUAAUAAAUCAUCUGGUAAUCUAAAACUGAGUAUCUUCACACCUAAUGUGCUGAUGAUCUCCAAGCAUGCUGAUGGAUCCUUGAAUCAAUGGUCUGUCAGUUUUGCAGAAGAGUCUGCAUUUUCAACUGUCCUUGGAGUGUCUCAUAAGUCUCGUUACUGUGGCCAUCGUUUUCAUUUGAAUGAUUUAGCUUGCCAUUCAGUUUUACCUCUACUUCUAACUACUUCAUACCAUAAUGCUCUACGGACACCAGAUGGUGGGUAUUUGUACAAUGAAGGAAGGAGUUUCGACCCGUUGCGAUGUAGCAGUUCAUUGUCAAGAAACCAGAGAGAAAAUGGCACAACAGCUACAUUCCAGGAUUCUAAUUCAAUAUACAGUGAAUUAAUUCUGUGGCGAGUUGAUCCAGUCGGGCCAUUGUCAUACUCUGGAGGAGUAUCAGAGUUGGCGCGAAUCAACUCUCUGCACGUUUCAGCCUUUUCAAAUGUGGCUUGGCUGCCAACUCUAAUACCGAGUUACUGCCUGGGUGCUUAUUGCAAUUCCCCUAGUGCUUGUUUUGUGGCCAGUGAUGGACAGUAUUUACGAUUAUAUCAAGCUGUUAUUGAUGCUAAAAAGCUUUUAAGUGAGCUAUCCAAUCCAGAAAUCUCUAGACUUGUUGGAGAGGUUUUCAAUAUAGUAAGUCAACAGUCAACAGCAAGACCAGGCUGCAUCAUUGAACUAGAUGCUAUCACUGAGCUUUAUGGGAAAGAGACACAGUUGCUUCAUGUCUUUAAAGAGGAUUUUAUAUUAGUUAAUCAACCCGUGAAAAGGCAGAAAAAAGAAAGAAUCGCUAUGAACAAAGCCAAUCUACGACAGGAAACAGAAAAGCCACAAAAUGGAUUUUCCGAAAAAUUCUUCUUGGUGGUAAUUGAACACAAGCAGAACAGCCAUUCAUUGCUGCAUAUGUGGCAUUUACACCUGAUAUCUGAUCCAAUCUCCAUUGAUCACUCCACUGAGAAUUCUUUGGUACCUCCAGAGGAACAGAAUGGGUGUUCUUCUGAAAAAUUGUAUUCUCCUUUCUUCAAAAAAUACCAGGCUUGUAAAGCAAAUUUACAGAGUGCCAGUCGACUAGCUGUCAUCUCAACGAGAGUUUAUAGCCAAGAAUUAUCUCUGCCUGAAGGUGUUGAAAUUAUCAGGGCCACUCCCUCCGCAGGACACCUAAGUUCAUCAUCAGUUCAUCCAGCAUGUCUUGCUCCAUAUCUUUUGGCAACUUCCUGCACUGAUGGAAAAGUCAGAUUCUGGCGUUGUAGGGUAUCAACUCCUCUGACAUCUUCUGCAGCUGGGAAUGGAAUGGAGAAUGAGCUAAUCUAUUCUUGGGAAGAAUGGCCUCUGCUGAUCGAAGAAGGACUUCAGAAUAGCAGUGCCGUUACUGUACCAGGAAGACCUGUGGAUAUAAGCUGUUCGUACACAAGCCGGCUCGCAGUGGCUUACAAAAAAACAAUGCCAGUUCAUGAGCAUUCCAAUAAGCACUUCACAAUGCAUGUGGGUAUAUUUGAAUGUGAAUCAACUGGAGCCUCUCAAUGGAUUCAUGAACAAACAAUCCAUUUGGAUGACUUUAGUCAUACAGGUGCAAUGUUGGAUCCAAGAAUCAGCAUAGAUAGUAACCUGGUCCUUUAUAAUAAAUAUCGUUUGAAUUUGACCAGUGAUUAUCAAAUGACUUUUGACGCAAAACCUUUGGUUCACCUCGAUUGGGUCUCUAAGGAGGAUGGAUCACAUAUAUUAACAAUAGGAAUUGGAUCUAAACUUCUAAUGUAUGGGCAAGUGUCUGGAAUAAUACAAAAUCAAACAAAGAAAGAAGCACCAGCAGUUUUCUCUUUGUCUCUAUGGGAUAGUGCCAAAGAAGUAUCUCAAUCCAGAUGGGUGCUUCUCCGAAGUCUGGAUCUAGUUUCUUCAGUUGAUGGAUCAUUGUCACUGCCAGUUUCUCUGUCUUGGGUACGUGAUGGCAUCCUAGUUGUGGGUAUGGAUUGCGAAAUGCAUGUUUAUUCACAAUGGCAACCUCCUGACAAAAUGGAUUCAAUGAUAACUGUAGCUGAAAGUGCCAGCAUUCCUUCAAUGGUUAGUUUGGCGAAGUGUGCUAGUACUAACGGAUCCAACCCAAACCUGUACAGGAAAAGCCUAGCAAGGUCAAUGACAGGGCUAGCACAGAAAUUUGGUGGAAAAAAGGUUCCAUUUCUUUGGAAUAUUGAGAUGGAGGACUCUGGCCUUUUUGAAGCAUCUCAUGAUUUAUCUCCCACUCUGCCACAGUAUCAUCCCUUGCAGCUUUUGGAGUUAAUGGACUUGGGUAAAAUCAGACGGGCCAAAGCCAUAUUGUCUCAUUUAGUAAAAUGUAUUGCAGGAGAAGUAAUCACUGUUAGCGAUACUGAAACCAGCCAUGAACGGCGACUGAGAUCUUUGACAAUUAGUGCAAGUGGCAGCACAGCAAGAGAUCCCUUGACCUCAAAUAAGGGUGAAAAUCCUGACUACACAGAAAUAGACUCUAUACCUCCUCUUCCUUUAUGCGCACUUUUAGCUGCUGAUGAAGAUAUUUCUCAUACUACCUUUGAAAAGCCAAGCAAACAUGCAAAUUUUGCCAAGAAAAAUGAAAGGGUUUCAACAGGAAACAACUAUGAUGAACUUUUUGCGACAUCAAAUAUUGGUGCAGAUGAUCUUAAUAGUUUUGAUGAUGAUGAAAGCAAUAAGCUAAAAGUUAUUGACCUCUCCCAGUACAGUCUUACCUACUUUGGUCCUGAGCAUGCUCGAGUGCUAUCUAGUCAUUUGCUUCAUUCCAGUCUGCCUGGUCUUACCAGUAUGGAACAGAUGUUUUUGAUGGCAUUAGCAGACACUGUGGCCACUAUCAGCACUGACAUAGGAGAAAGCAGAGAGAGAACCCAAGGUGGUGAGACACUUGAUGAAUGUGGAUUAAGAUUUCUUUUAGCCAUGAGGCUACAUACAUUCCUAUUGACAUCACUACCUCCUGUUUAUCGAGCACAACUUCUUCGACAAGGUUUGUCUACCUGUCACUUUGCCUGGGCCUUUCAUUCAGAAGCAGAGGAGGAGCUGCUAAAUAUGAUUCCUGCAAUGCAAAGAGGAGAUCCCCACUGGUCAGAGCUCAGAUCCAUGGGAGUAGGGUGGUGGGUUCGCAGCACAGUCAUUCUACGCAGGUGUAUAGAAAAGGUUGCCAAAGCUGCAUUCCAAAGAAAUAAUGAUCCUUUAGAUGCUGCUAUAUUUUAUCUUGCAAUGAAGAAAAAGGCUGUACUUUGGGGUCUAUUCAGGUCCCUUCAAGACAGGAAAAUGACAGAGUUUUUUGGGAAAAAUUUCUGUGAUGAUAGGUGGAGAAAGGCUGCAUUGAAGAAUGCCUUUGCAUUACUAGGUAAACAACGAUUUGAACAAGCUGCAGCAUUUUUCCUUUUAGCUGGUUCCCUGAAGGAUGCAAUUGAGGUGUGUCUUGAAAGACUUCAUGACGUUCAGUUAGCCCUCGUAAUUGCACGAUUGUUUGAAUCAGAGUUUGAAGUGUCAUCCACUUACAAGUCUAUACUUAUAGAAAGGAUCCUGGGCUUUGAUAAAAAGAACAAAGACUUUAAUCCCUCUCUCAGAAAUUCUGAUCCCGUACUGAGAAGCAUGGCUUAUUGGAUACUGGAAGAUUACACCAACUCUCUGAAUACUCUGUUGGAAGAAGGAACAAGAGAAAAUGAUUCCAAUGGAGCAACAGAAUGCAGUAAAUCAGGUUCAUGCAAUCCAGGAGUAUUUAAUUUCUACAAUUAUUUGCGGACGCACCCUCUUUUGUUGCGACGAUAUUUUGCUUCAUCAGAGAAGAUGUUAUCACAAAUGGGCUUAACUGUGGAAAGUGGCCUGGCAGAUAAAAUCAGCCUAGCUGAAAGAAGACUAUUCUUUACAACUGCAAAUGCCCAUUUUAAAGCUGGUUGUCCAAUGUUAGCUCUUGAAGUCCUGUCUAGAAUGCCAGUUGUCAAUAUGAAGUCAAAGAUUUCACAAAAUAAAGGAGGUUCUCAUUUGACUGCCAUUUCCUUAUUAGAAGAAACAAUAUCUACACAUUUGAAUUUUGAUUCGUCUUCACCAACAGUAAAUGGUUUUGGAAUCAAAGCUGCUUCUGACUGGGUGUCAAAUGAGCAAUCUAGUUCAUCUCUUAGUUUUGAUUGGAGCCAAUCCUCUAUAGUCAUUGAAGAUCAACCAUUGGAAUUAAAGUGGGAUAGUGAUAAGGACGAUGACCAGGAGGAAAUUGGUCUUUCGAUGAAAGAAAUACAUCCACCUAGCCCUAUUGUUGAGAAGGUACAGGAGAAAAAAUCCUCCAGUGCAAAUUUCUCCAGUUUAACUGAUGAAUAUUUAAGUCCAUCGGAAGAUGUUAUAGCAGCACAGUUGAAAUUUGGAGCAUGCUUGAAAAUACUUACAUCAGAGCUGCGUACUCUCUCUACUGGCUAUGAGGUAGAUGGUGGAAAACUCCGCUACCAGUUGUAUAAUUGGCUUGUGAGAGAAAUUAUAGCCCUGCAGAAAACCUGUAAUUACAAUGUUAUUAUAGAAAAUAGAAAAGAUAAUACUGAAAGUGUCUGGGAUGAAUUACCCAAUGGAGAACAGGUAGAAGAUGGAGGCACUGACCAACAAAAAACAUUGCACCACCAAGAGUAUUUGCAGAGAAGGAGGUUGUGGCUUCGGCAAAACCAGCCUCUUCUAAGGAUGUUUCUCAGUUAUUGUAGUCUUCAUGGAUCACAUGGUGGAGGCUUGGCAUCAGUCAGGAUGGAGUUGAUUCUUCUUUUGCAAGAAUCUCAGCAGGAGCAUUCAUUGGAACAAAUGACUAGUCCUUUGCUUCAACUUGCAUCAAUACCCCUCCUGUUUGCCUGCACUGCAAGUGCUAAAAUAGUAGUGGCAAAUCCCAGACUCCAUCUGAGCAACCUUACUCAUGAUAUUGUGCAUACCAUUGUGGAAUUUGAUUCACCUCCCCAUCCAGACAUCAAGAAUAACCAGAUCCAUGUAUUGCACACUAUUGCUGCUUCACUGUCAGCAUGUCUCUACCAGUGUCUUUGUGAUGGCCACAGUAAUAGUUCUUUAUAUGCAAACCAGUUCACUGGAAUGGUCUAUCAGAGUUUUCUGUUUACGCAGCAACGUUCAAACAGAACAGCAAGUUUAGAUGGCUCUGUCACUCCCAAUACAUCUCCUGACCAGUGGCCAGGAAUAAAAGAACUGACUCAGCUCUUAAAUUCAGCUGGAGAAGAUGACAAGCCCAAGUUAACAGUCCUGCUUUGUGAGGUGUUGACAGCAGUUUAUCUUAGUCUUUUUGUUCAUGGUUUGGGCACACAUUCCAGUAAUGAGCUCUUCCGUAUUGUAGCUCACCCUCUUGACAGCAAAAUGUGGGCUGCAAUUUUUGGUGGAGGUGCUCAUGUAGCUACGAAAAAUCAAAUUGAGACUACAGCUGCCACAGUUUCUGGUGAUAUUGUGUAUCGCACGCAUUUUAAGAAUGUGUCGUCAAGAACAAUGAGCAGAGAUUCCAAAGUAGCUUCUGAAAGCCCUGCUUCUCCCAUUGUCAACCAAAGGAUUCCAGCUUAUAAAGAGAAUUUUAUCCCACCGGAGCUUAGUAUCUGGGAUUACUUUAUAGCAAAGCCUUACCUUCCCCUGUCACAAAGCAAAGUUGAAUAUGAUUCAGAGGAGAGCCAAGGUAGUGAUGAUGAAGAAGAUGCUUUUUCUACAGACAUACAACUUCAAGAACAUUCAAAUCCCAAUUCUUACAGCUGGUCACUGAUGCGAUACGCUAUGGUGCAGUUGGUGCUGCAUAAUUUAAAGAACUUUUAUCCAAUGGCAGGGCUAGAUCUUCCAGAACUUCCUGUUUGCUCUCCUCCUUGUCAUGCAAUUUUAAAGACUCUUCAGCGCUGGGAACAGGUGCUUCUUCGGCGACUUGAGUUAUUUGGUGGUCCACCUCCAGAUUUCAUCUCGAUGCAUACUAAUGAAGGAACAAUAUCUUCAGGACCUGCUCUUCUCAUCCAUAAAGCAUUACUGGAACCCACAAAUACACCAUUCAAGUCAAAACAUCAUACUGCACUUCCAGUUAAAAGACUUUGGCAGUAUCUUGUGAAACAGGAAGAAGUGCAAGAGACUUUCAUUAGAAAUAUAUUCACCAAAAAACGAUGUCAAAAUGAGUCAUUAGACAGCUUCAAUGAAAAAGUCAGAAAUUCUAUGACGGAGGAACGUAGCAUCAACAAGGUGGAAACAGAUGCUGCUUAUCCUGGUGGUCGAGCAAGAAUCAUUCACAAAGAAUCUGACAUCAUUACAGCCUUUGCAAUUAAUAAGGCUAAUCGGAAUUGUGUUGCCAUAGCCACCAGCCACGAUAUCCAAGAGCUGGAUGUUUCUGCAAUUCUGGCUACCCAGAUUUACGCUUGGAUUGAGGAUGAGUUUGAACUGGAAUCAAAAGGAUCAGAUGAAUUCUUGGUAGUUCAUGCAAGAGAGGAUUUCAGUGAUUUACAGUGUAGCACACCAUAUACUCCCAGCGUUCCUGGCACCCCUAUAAAUGUGCCCUGGUUAGGCAGCACGCAGACGGGCAGAGGAGCAUCUGUGAUGAUUAAGAGGAAUAUGAAUAACGCCAGGAGAAUGGCUUCUCAUCCAACACUACCUUACUAUCUGACUGGUGCUCAAGAUGGUAGUGUUCGGAUGUUUGAAUGGGGCCACUCACAUCAACUAGCGUGCUUUCGACCUUCUGGCAAUUCAAGGAUAACAAGAAUCCGAUUCAAUCAUCAGGGUAAUAAGUUUGGCAUUGUUGAUGGAGAUGGAUUCUUGAGCUUCUGGCAAACAAAUCCAAUUGCUUUUGGAGCUACACCAAAACCUUAUUUGACUUGGCAGUGCCACAACAAAACUGCAAAUGAUUUUCUGUUCAUUAGUUCCUCUACUUUAAUUGCAACAGCAGGACAGUCUAGUGACAACAGGAAUAUCUGCCUCUGGGAUACACUCAUGCCACAAGCUAAUAGUCUUGUUCAUGCAUUUACAUGUCAUGAAAGUGGAGCCACUGUGUUAGCAUAUGCAUCAAAGCAGCAAGUUUUGAUAUCUGGUGGACGAAAAGGUUUCAUCUGUAUACUUGACCUACGCCAGCGACAGUUGCGCCAAACCUUUCAGGCUCAUGAUUCGCCUAUUAAAGCAAUCGCUGUGGAUCCGGCAGAGGAAUAUUUCAUUACUGGGUCUGCGGAGGGCAACAUGAAGGUUUGGAGUUUGUCUACUCUCAACCUGAUCCACACAUUCUCCAACGAACAUGCCCGACAGUCACUCUUUAGAAACAUAGGAACAGGAGUCAUGCAAAUAGAGACUGGCCCAGCAAAUCACAUGUUCUCCUGUGGAGCUGAUGGAACAAUGAAAAUGAGGAUCCUGCCAGAUCGCUUUAGCACAGGGAGUGGAAAAUUGGAUAUCUGGCAAAAUGAUGUAAAAUUUAUACUAUGAUAAUUUUAUAUUAUGAUAGUGAUAUUAUCAGCACAAUCCAUUCUAGCUUAAAUCUACCAAAAUAUAUGUUUAUUAAGAGUAAGGUAAACAUGCCACACUUAGGAUAGGUGUUGAGGGGUAGGAUGGGAUGCUUUUCAUUUUUUUAAUUCUUAAUGCACUGAUGCCUUAAGAAGUUUGUGAAUAGUUGAAAGAAGAAAUUGAAUCUAAAUGUGUCAAAAUAUAAGAAAGAAUUAAUUUCUUGUAAACUGUAGUAAAAUGUGUUGCUGCUACAAAAAGAGCCUUUUGUUGAAACUGGUUGCUGAUAUUUUUGAAGUGUCAAAAUGUACAGUGCUUUAAGGAAAAUCAAAUACUAUAAGAUACAAUAAUUAUCUUUUUUAUGCUUGUAUUAAAAGUUUGUAAAUGAUAUAAAGUUAUAACUUGAACUGUGACCAUUCCUUAUUUUUAAGCUUAGAAAGACCCUGAAAUACAAGCUAGUAGAUUUUGCUUAUAAUCUUCAUACCGGAGAAUGUAACUGGUAUUCCAGUUUUUGACAAGGGAGAAGAGAAAAGAAACUUUGCACAACCUUGGACUGUAAAGUGAAGGGUAAACUUGUAAAAUCAAGAUCUUUUGUGUUGGGCUGAUUCCAGAAAUGAUAUCUACUGAAAUGUACGUUUUCCUUUCAACACAACUAUAACAUUUAAGUUUUUUUUUGUGUUCAAAGUACAAACUCUGAGAGGGGCAGCGAGCAGACUCCAUCAGUGCCACUUUGUGUGGGAUCACUAAUGGGUAUGUUGCAGUUGAACCAAGAUUGGUAACUCAAGAUGUGGCGAAUCAUGGACACAGCUGCAUCCUACUAACUGUUUUGCAAUGUAUUGAUGCAAUAGCAAAAGGUCUUAAUAUUUUUGGCCCACCCCAUGUGGUUAAAACUACACUGUAAAUGCAGUUCAUAAAAUGUGAGGAAGGUUCAAAUGACUGCACCUAACCAGUACAUUCUGAAAGUUUUAUAUUCAGAAGAAACAUAAGAUGGGAAAAGUUUAUGAUGUCUAAGAGUUGUUCUAAGUUUAAAAAAAAACAAAAUUGUAUCUUUUAUAUAAUCAAAUGUUUAAAUGCAGUACUUAGUGGAAAAUAAGCCAAAACCAGAAUAAAGGCUGUGGACUUCCUCUCUGUAAAUCAGAAAAGUCCAGAGUAAAAGCUCAUAUUUAUUAUCCGAUUGUUAAGUUAACUUUUGAUAUGAAGAUUAAAUGCUGAGAGCUUUAAGGAGUGACCAUUACCUUAAGAUAAAGUUUAAGCUAAUAAACCAUAGGUUUAGUAGUUUACAUAUGAAUAUAUUACUAUUCACUAUGAGCAGCCGUGCUUUUCCAAAGGAAAAGAAACUAUUUUUUAGCCAUUCCUUUUCCCAUGCCACAUAUCUAGAGCAAAGAAGGCAAAGAACAUGUCUUUCAUUAGACUCCGAUCAUCCAUGCUCCACCAAAAAACAAUUGUAAUGGAAGUAGCCCAGUAUUAGUUGGAAAUUUCAUUCUUUCUUCAAACAAGUAUUCACAGUUUGUACUGAUGGAGCUGACUGUAAUCAGCCAUUCAGUACAAAUUGUUUCAGCAAAUUCAUUAUUGGUUCACUUUUCAAAGAGUAUUUAGGAUUAAGAAGCACAAAUUGUUGUUCACAUUGUUCCCAUCAAAUAUCUUUUAAAGAUAUCUUUAGAGUAGACCAACCACAUGGAAUGUCAGAAUUAGUGGCUUUUACUACUACUGUAUUAAUCAAACAGCAACUACUUCAUUAUGGAGUUCAUGUAUCAACAACAGAAGUAUGUUGAACCUUGUAAAGUUGUAAAAUUCCCCUGUGUUCAGGAAUACAGAAAUAACUAAUGAUUGUAAAAAGAAACUACUGCAAUUCUGAAUCAAUUGUAGGAAUAGCUAUUUGUAUGUAAAGAUUAUUAGAUUCACCUUUGUGAAUGGAAUAUUUUAUUUUGUAGAGCUGAUAACCUGGAUAUAGAACAAAAACUAUAUUGCUUAGAAGAUGGUUUUUGCAUUUUUUUAAUGUUUAAUUGAUGCAUGCCACAGUUAUAGUUGUGAUAAAUGUAAUCUUAGCUGAUCACAGUUUUAAGGUUUAUUAAUUUCAUUAACUAUAUAAACUUGUAGUUAGCAAAUGGGCAUUAUAUGAAAACAUGCAUUAAUUUUAGUCCAUGUUGAAGGCCUUAUUCAUAGAUCUUGUGUUUUUUUUUGUUAUAUACUCAGGAUAUUUUAUCUUUAGGAGUGUUUUAGUACAACUAAUAUAAUAAAACAAGUUUUAUCUGUCAAUAACUAUUUGCUAGGUAACAGUAUAACAAUAGAAAAGAAACAGGUCUUGAUCACUUUAAUUGUGCAAUACAAUAUACUAAUUUUAUUAAAACAAGAUUUGUGAAGAAAUAUUGGUAAAUCUGAAGAAACAAUAUUUCUUUCCUAUUUAUAUGGAAUAUUCUGUAAUAAUUGAUUUCAAAGAAAAUACUGCACAAGUUAAUCAUUAUCAGGUGACUCCUGAAUUACACAAAUCUCUGGGCUGGACACAUUUUACAAGUAAAAAUUAACCUUUUGCUUUAAAACAUAAUGAAAGAGAAGACUGUAAUCCCAAAUAACACACUAGUAUCUGGCUUCUCUUUGCCUUAUCAGAAGUUGGCUAUACUGAAUUCUCUUGAAAAAAAUUCAAUCAUGUAUUUAAAAUUAAUAAUUGUUUCAAUAAAAUACCUAUGAGAAUAAAACAUCUCUUUUUUGCCGUUGUUCUUUCUCAGUUGUAUAUAUGAAGUUAGGCUACAGAUUAAUCCAAUGUCAAUACUGGGAAAGCCUCAGGAGCUAAAGUUUGUGUAACUGACCAAGGAUUGGAGUGCCUGAAACUAAAUCUGAAUGUGCUUAAAGCAUGAGCUACUCUGACAAAUGGACAUUAAUUGAAAAAAGUGUAACACUAUUAACAAUACUUAAUGAUGCACUAAAAUUAAUUGAGAAGAAAUGCAACUGAUCAUUAAUGUCCAUACAGUCUUCUUCUACCCCAUACCCAAGAUCCUCACACCAGACUGUCCAGGUAGGCCUAUUGUCUCUGCCUGCUCCUGCCCAACUGAACUCAUGUCCUCCUAUCUCCUAUUACUUUCCCCUGCAUCCUUCCCUUUCUUGUAUUGUCCACUUUUCUCUCCUGUCAGUUUCUUUCUUCGGCCCUUAACUUUUCUCACCCACCUGCCUUCAUCUAUCACCUUCCAGCUAGCCUCUUUCCCCUCUCCCCAACUUUUUAUUCAGGCAACUUCCCCCUUCCUUCUCAGUCCUGAAAAAGGGUCUCAGCCCGAAAUAUAACUGUUUACUCUUUUCCUUAGAUGCUGCCUGACCUAAUGUGUUUCUCUGGAUUUCCAGAAUCAGUAGACAUUCUCGUGUUUGUGAUUUCACUCUCCUAUUAGACCCUGUGUGUGCUGCAGUCGGCUGUGCUCCUUCUAUAACUUCUCUACACAACUUAGGAAGCCAUUGAACCUUAUAGAAGAGUGCAGAAGAUUUAGACAAAAACUAAAGCAGAUAUAACAAUACCCGCACUCAACCCCCAAUUAACCUUUGGCUCAAUGAGGCAAA